AUGGAUUCAAUAGUCAGUAUGACUGAUGGAAAUGCUAAUGAGAAAAUUCUACCAAGUUCAUGCAUUCCAACAUCCGAUUCCACCACUGCUAAUCCCAACAUCAACACUGGAUUCAAUGCUUCAGUUAUUACAAAUCUUGAUCAAAGAGCGAUGAUGAUAAUGAUGGAUCCUCAGUUUAGACAAAAAUUCCAACUGCAGUUUCAAACACUGCAGACCAUAUUAGAGAUGAUGAGUUCAUGGCAAUCCAUGAUGCAAGAAAUGCAACAGUCACUGUCCAUAAUGACUUCCAACACUCCUGCCAUCAAUGACAUGCCAGGAACUCCCACCAACACCUCUAUAAUGAAUUCAUCUACCAAUGCACCUUCCUCCUCUAAUCCAACUGUUUUGCAAAAAGAAAACGAGUCAAUGUCUUUGACAAAAAAUAACACCAGUGAUAAUCUCGACCCUAAAAAACAAUCAAUUCCUGGAAUAGAAACUCAUCCAGUUGUUUGGACAGAAUCUGAAUGUUUAGUUCAAAAGAGUGAUGUCGGUUCGACUAAACGAAAGCGACAGCGUUCUAAAAGUCUAGACCUUGAUUCCAAAUGUUACAAACGCAUGCCACUUUCAGUCAGCAACGAAAAUUCAAUCAACACUAAAGACUAUACCAAUCCAUCGCAAAUACCAUCCAAACUUAUUCCUAACCAACUCGCUAAAAAUCAAAAGGAGGAUCUUGCAGCUUUUCAAAAAAACACUUGUCACCAUUCAGCAUCAUUUGUCACAAAACCUUUGAUUGCGCCUCAAACAAAUGUGUUUGUUGAUAGCAUCCCCGAAAACAUUACCGUACUUGAACUAAAGAAAUCGUUGGCAGUUUACGGAACUAUUUUGAAUAUUCAGCUGAGUCAGCGACAAAAAGCCACAGCAUUAUCUGCAGUCAUUCAGUUUGAACUACCUUCACAGGCUAUGGAAUGUGUAAAAGUUAAAAACUAUAUAAAUGGCAAUUGCAUCAUAUGUUCACUAUACCCAUCAGAUCUAGGAUCAUGUACGACGGAUGCUGGUGUGUUGCCACAAGACAAUGCAUCGAGUCGGGUUUCAGUCACACCUACUAUACUUCGUGUUACAGGAAUUGUUGCUCCACUUACACCAAGGCACAUCAAAGAAAGUGUUGAAUUGGUUUACAAACAAGCUAAAAUUUACUUGCUAAAAAAUUCAAAAUCUGAGGCUAUUAUUGAACUCAAUAGUUAUGAAGAAGCUGCAUUUCUAAUGGAAAACCUUGAUCCCAAAUCCAUUGGUCCAAACGUCAAUAUUACGUUUGAUCCAAAACCAAUAGACGCAUUUAAAAAAGCACCUUCUAAAACCAUAAACACCAAAAACAAUACCGAGACAAAUCAGCACUUUUUUGGUCAACCUUUUACGCCAGCUGCUUUACCUUGUCAAGCUACACUUGAUAAAAACCCCACAAAAUCCACCCAUGACUCGAGGGAAAAUCAAAAGAAAGUCUCAAUUAUGUUGCCCAAAUCUACCGCAAUGUCUUUACCAAGUCUACCGCCUUUUGUUUCUACUCAAUGCUCUAGACUAGAUUUACCAUUGAAAAAAGCAGCCCCUCAACCUACAUCUUUUUUGUAUGGGGUUCCGAAUAAUUAUGCUUCAUUUUUUCCAAACAGUCAUGCACUUGCUCAACAAUUUAUUGCAAAACCAACAUCAAUGGAAUCCGAUUAUCAAUUCUCGGCAUUACAGACUCAUGGAAUAGUGUUGCGCAAUUUUUUAUUAAGCGUUUCUGCAAAACGGAUUCAAAAUCAAAUCAUGGCAGCAUUUGCUAUACUCAACCUAAAGUCACUGAAAAUCAUCAUGACACAAAUCACGAGUAUUGAUCUAUUAGUCGCUAUAGGCUACUGUGAUGAAAAUCAAGCUCAUCAACUUGCAGCAGUACUUUUAAAACUAAAGAGCAUUCACCCUCUUUUGUCUAUAGCUGUUUCCAAUAGGCGGGAUGUUGGUCUUGUCUUGUCAAAGCAUCCUUUUAAUUGCAUUCAUGCGGAACGGUUAUCACUGAAUGAGUUUAAACAGUUUCGUGCUACAGUGGAUCUAACUACACAUUUGGAUUAUCAUAUGGCCGAUAUUUUUAAACGAUCGACUCUUUAUCCAAUUUUGGGACCCAUUUGUCCACCACUUGUCGAGUUUGGCGGGUUUCCAAAAGAUAUUUUUAUUUCGGAAAUUAUGAAGGCACUCUGGCUUAAUGAUGAACCAUAUUGCAAAGGCGUAAGGUCCAUAUACGAAGCAGAUAGACAAAAAGUAGUAGUAGCAUUUUCAAGUCAAAGUCCAUCUGAAAAAGCUAUCGAGGUUUACAAUAAUCAAUUACUGAAGGGCAUGAUUGAAAGAUGCGUUACUCGUGUCACUGCCAAAAGGAUCUGGCUUCGGUCUUCGCUUAUUUGCAUUUAUUCGGCAGGCGGUAGUAUACCAAACGAAGAACUUAUUCGCGCACUUUUGCCAUUUCGGUACCCAAAGCGAAUUUUCAUCGUGCCUGAAAUAGGAAAUACUCUUUUUGUCAACUAUUCAAAUAUUGAAGAAGCCGUUGAAGUGUGUUAUUAUCUUCAUGGCUGUUUUUUGAAUGACUAUACUUUGCCUUUAUCCGUUAUAUUUUUCUGCCCGUCCUUUUGGUUUGACGCUUCGAAUGACUGGUUCAAAUCUAUAUUUUCCAACAAUGGUUUACAUCCUCACGUUUCUUCAAAUCCUCCAUUGCCAUUAUUCAACGCACCACCACCUGCACUCGCAAGUAGGAAUCCAAACUAUAUUGAUUCUUUCAAACCUGUAGCUAUUGAGGGGAAAAAUUCAAAACUAUCCACUCAACACUGUUCUUCAUCUAUCUCAGCUACUACAUCCAAAAGUACUGUCAUUCCAAACGUUGUUGAUGCACAGUUACCAUCUAGUUUGAUUGUUACGAAUACGAAAUCCUUACUAGAUUUACACACUGAAGAAAGUAAGGAUAUUUCGUUGAAUCAACUUACUAUACCAAAAACAGCUGCUGUGAACUCUGAUGUUCAAUAUACAUCUCAGACAUUUGUUGCAUCAAAAGUAUUGAUUCCUACCGGCAUUCCAUCAACUGAUAUAUCCCAGACAUUUUCUACACCAAAAGUAUCGAGUUUUACCGAUAUUCCAUUAGCCGAUAUAUCCCAGACAUUUGUUACACCGAAAGUAUCAACUCCUACAGACAUUCCAUUAGCCGAUAUAUCUCAGAUACUUGUCACACCAAAAGUAUCAACUACUACAGACAUUUCAUCAAUUGAUAUAUCUCAGACAUUUGUCACACCAAAAAUAUCAACUCCUACAGACAUUCCAUUAGCCGAUAUAUCUCAGACAUUUGUUACACCAAAAAUAUCAACUCCUACAGACAUUCCAUUAGCCGAUAUAUCUCAGAUAAUUGUCACACCGAAAAUAUCAACUCCUACAGACAUUCCAUUAGCCGAUAUAUCUCAGACAUUUGUUACACCAAAAAUAUCAACUCCUACAGACAUUCCAUUAGCCGAUAUAUCUCAGACAAUUGUCACACCGAAAAUAUCAACUCCUACAGACAUUCCAUUAGCCGAUAUAUCUCAGACAUUUGUCACACCGAAAGUAUCAACUACUACAGACAUUCCAUUAGCCGAUAUAUCUCAGAUAAUUGUCACACCGAAAAUAUCAACUCCUACAGACAUUCCAUUAGCCGAUAUAUCUCAGACAUUUGUCACACCGAAAGUAUCAACUCCUACCGACAUUCCAUUAGCCGAUAUAUCUCAGACAAUUGUCACACCGAAAGUAUCAACUACUACAGACAUUUCAUCAAUUGAUAUAUCUCAGACAUUUGUCACACCAAAAAUAUCAACUCCUACAGACAUUCCAUUAGCCGAUAUAUCUCAGACAAUUGUCACACCGAAAAUAUCAACUCCUACAGACAUUCCAUUAGCCGAUAUAUCUCAGAUACUUGUUACACCGAAAGUAUCAACUACUACAGACAUUUCAUCGACUGAUAUAUCUCAGACAUUUUCUACACCGAAAAUAUCGAUUCCUACUGACAUUCCAUCAAUCAAUGCAUUUUUAAAUCAAAAAAUUAUUUCCGAUUCCAUUAUAUUUUCUCCUAGUUAUCUUGCUCCCAGUAUUCCAUAUGGUACAAUAUCGUUAAAGUCCAAAAAUGCAAGUUUUCAGGUGGAUGUGCUGAAAAGCAAAGAUAUUGAAAAUGAUCAAGUUGUCAAACUAUUUACAAGUCAGCAUAUCAAACUAUCUCAACGAUUCCCGACCAACAAAGCAACCAUUUCCGAACUUGAUCGUAGGAUGAACAAGUGUUUAAAAUACGCAGUGGUUUACGUUCGUGUUGCGCCGAAUAGUAAUGCAACCACGUUUCAAAACAUUGUCGAGUAUUUUGAAGAAAAGCGUGCGGGAGGAAUAUGUACUCUAGGAGACUAUAGUGCCAAUUUUAUUCCAUAUACCAAAUCAUUAGCGCUUGUCCCCAGUAAUGCACUUCGUCCAUCUGGACCGUGUUUUGUCACAGUACUGAUUUCACUUUUAUAA